AUGGCGGCUUUCCGGCAGCCCCAGACUGCAGCUGCACUCACACCUGCGGAGAUGGAGCUCAGGCUGAUGUGGCAGGACGCCGAAGCUGAUUUCAGGCAGAUGACAAGAAGAAGCUUGAAGACGGACCAAGAGAAGCGUCUGGAAGAUGUCCUCGCCGAUCUCGACAGAAAGUAUCGACCCCCGGAGUCUGAGGCGGGCAAAGACUCGGCCAAAGCCAAAGCGAAGAUUCGUGCAACCAUUGGAAAGGUUCUCCAGUGCGUCCAACUGCUGGGUGGCUUAGCUGCACAAGGGGCAUCAAUUGUGUUUGGUCCUGCCACUCUGUGCUUCAACGCCAUCUCUUUUCUGAUCGACGUACCCGGCAAGAUUGCUGAGGUUUACGAAGGCGUUGGGAAUCUGUUUGAGGAGAUCUCGCACUCGCUUGUGCUGUUCAAGAUCUAUGAGAACUACACCAAGCUCGAUCCGGACUUGAGGGAUGGGACGCACAAGCUGAUGAUUUCCAUUGUGAGAAUAUGCGGGCUUUCCAUCAAGAUCAUCGAGGGUGGUGUUUUGCAUCAAAUCAAGAUUGGAGCGAAAAUCACUUUCCUGAACGAUGACUCGGGCGUGAAGAGUGAACUGGCCAAAUUUAAAGCUCUGAUUGAAAAACAAAGUCGGGUCACUGAAGCCAUCACCCUUCAGCACGUGCUGAGCAGCGAAGAAAAGAUUGUCCAGGUUCUCAACGCUCAGUAUGAGAAUGCAGAGAAACUCGGAAAACUGGAAUCGGGCAUGGACAUCAUGGUCGCAGACGUAAGCGAUCGUAAGAUGCACAUGAUCCUCUCGGAGAGACUUGAGGCCAUGAGCAGAAUGCUGUCGACCACAACGCAAUCGGCCCAAGAAGCGAGGAAGGCGAUGCUCUUCAUGAGAGACAAUCUUCUUACGGGCAGUGCUCAAUGGGUACUGGAGCAUGAGGAUUACACGGAUUGGAAGACUGCAGAGGCCGACGCGAUCCCCUUGCUCCUGCUUUCGGGGGAGAAGAACACGGGCAAGUCUUUCCUCCUAGCGGCCAUAGAAGAAGACCUCCGCAAGACGAACACAGACGUCUCCAUCGCAUACUACGAGUUCACGAAACGCGAAGCCAAAAGCACACGAGAGAAGCACAAGGAGGACGCGGUGACAGCAAUGAAGUCAAUGUCCCUGCAGCUGGCCGGCCAAUACAAGCAAUACGCCACCGAAAUGGCCGGCCUCAAAGACGACUUCAAGCCACCGGAGAGCAAGGAAAAAGAUAUGUGGGAGAAGCUCUGGUGGGACAAACUGCAAUUCUCAAAAUACCCUCAGACCAAGGAGAAGGCCGACUUCGUCCUGAUGUUUGAUGGCCUAGAAGACUUGUCUGAGAGCAACUGUGCCAAACUCAUCAAAAUGCUCAAAGCCGUUCGAGAUGAAAGCCGCGCCUCAGGGAAGGUCAUUCGGCAGCAUAUUCGCAUCAUUGCCACCGCCAGCCCAAAGGUAUUCAAAGACAGCCCGAUCACUCCUAUUGAAAUUGCGGACCACAAUCUAUCCGACAUCAAAAUGUACAUCGAAGAUGAGCUCAGGAAGGAUGAAAUCCUUCAAGGCCAACACGUGGAGAUGCUGGAUCUUCUGAAAGCGAUUCGCACAACCCUUCCCCAGGUUGCGAUGGGGUCCUACUCCGUUGUCCAGCAAAAGCUCGAAAGAAUCCGAGAGGCGGUGGAUUCUGACGCAUAUCUUGACGAUGUACAGACCAUCUUGUCCGAAAACCCAGCCGACGAUCUGGGCAAGCUUGCUCGCAAGGUUGUCAACGACCUGAAUGCGACCCUGAAACCCCACGACAUCGACCAAUUGAAUGAGCUUCUCCAUUGGGGCAUAUUUGGUUACGAAUACUUUGCGGUUGACCAGCUGAGGGCAACCGUCUUUUUAAACUCUGGGAAGGCGUCGUUGCAGCCGUUUGAAAGAAAGCUGAAGGAAAAGUAUGCAAGGAUCCUACAUGUCAAUGACGACAGGGUGGAGGUCGACACUGACAUUGAGAACUUGUUUCGAAGCCGAGACAGUUCCGUGACGCCGGCUGCGACAGUAGCGGACCUGGACACUGCCCGCAUCUCGAUGACGAUUUCGAUCAAUCAAGCGGAUCUACGUACGGUGCAGCAGUUCUUUUGGGAUCUCACGGAUGGACUCAGAACUGGGAGGUUCGAAUUUUCAGCCGACUCAUCGAACAUCGGCGGCAAGGGCGUCAUCCAAACCGAUGAAGUCCGAGCGAGCUACUACCUAUCCGACCAACUUCUGAAGCUUUUGAACGACGAACCCCAUGAGAAAACCCAGUGUCUUGUUCCAUAUGCGUUAACAUACCUCACUUACCACCUACUGAAAGUCAAAGAAUCGCUAGAAGAGGGUUGGUUAGGUACCUCGGAGCGCAGGAUCAUCGCCAAAAGGCUAGUGGAUCUCCUGAGUGACGUGGACGGAAUUGAGAAGUUCUGGGAUGCGAGGAAUGAGCUCUCCCCAAAUUGGAUCGAUCGCGAUCAGGUGGAAACAGUUCGAAGCUUGCUCAAGGAUGAAAAGACCAUCGAUGUGCUCCAGCCAAAGGAGAGACGUUGGGUCAAAUUCUAUACCGCAGACUCCGAGGGCAAAGCAGGUAUCUAUAAGCCUAUAACACUCAUGGUGGCCAGACAUUGGCUGCGUGAUCGCUCCUGGGAGGUGUAUGCAGCGUACAACUGGAUACGCAAAUAUGUCGAUUUGCAAAACUCGAAGGACGACGACGAAGCGAACAAAAAGGAUGCCGAAGAUGGUGAUGACGACCGCCAUGAAAAUAACGGUGAGGCUACCACAGAUGGACUUGAGGAGCUUGUCAGCUCAGAGCAGCAGCCUGAGCCUGAGCCUGCAUUUCACGUUAAAGGAAUUGCUUCUGCUGCCGCUUGGGUACAGCAAGUGUUGUCGCUCAAAGAUGAGAAACUGGACGCUUUAUGGUAUGAUCGCCUUGGGGAAACAUGCUAUGCAGCGAACGAGUUUCAGGCCGCAAAAGAAUUCUAUGAGAAAGCCAAAGCACUACCCGACUGCCAGUGGACUGUAAAUCAAGGCUGGGCUCUUGCGGUGGACAAACUAAGCGAAUCUCAAGACAAUGACAAGGCCAAAAAGAAGGAGCUGAAGGAGUCUGCAUGCAACGAAAUGGAGAUAGCCCUCACAUACCUGAGGUCGACGUUGAAAACCGCCGAGUUCGGGGACGACAGCAAGAACGCCCUCAUUCUAAGCCUCAAGAGCCAGGCUUCGUGGCAAGCGGAGCUCAACUCAAUGGACCAGGCCUUUGCGCUCUACAAAGAGGCACUCGAGGUUGACCCCAAGGAACAUGCCAUUCGUUGCAACCUGCUCGAAGCUCUGUAUGCACAAGGCAAAGAAGCAGAUGCGAGAGAAAUGCUUCUUCGGAUGAUGAACCAGCGAGGAAGUCCCAGCGAGUCCGACCUUUUCUCUGACCUACUUCUAUAUCUGACGGAGAGCGAGGUGUACACCAUAGCACUGCAGCCGAUCGACCUUAUCCUGGCUUUGGCUCGCACAGACGAGAGACUCAACGUCCAGACGUUGGAAGCAUUGCAAGCUGCCAUUCGCGACGCCAGAAAGAGCAACCUCACAAUCAGCGAAGGAAUGCUUCUCCUCUAUCAAGGUAUCGUUCUCGCGCACGGCACCACGGACGAUGCUCGUAUCCAGCACGCUAUCCGCUGCUGGGAGGACUGCCAGUCUCUCUAUCUUUCAUCUCGGUGGGACCUGGCUCAAACACAAGCUUCCGCGGCUCGCUUUGUGGCACAGCACUACUUCCAACGUGCGGUCAAGCCGGGCAUUGCGGCCGAAGAGCGCGAAGAGUACUUGGGCAAACUCCUCAGGCUGAAGCGCCUGUCCACCAGCUGGAUCCACGGCUUCCGCCCCAACUCUUAUCUUGCCUCUUACUACGUCCGUCAGAACCAGCUGGAAGAGGCACGGCAGGUGUUUAUGGAGGACAUGAUGGCGGCGAUGGAGAUUCUUUCCGACAGCGAUCCAGAGAAUGACUCUUACGGAUACAGGGCUCUAGCCAACAUCCUGAUGAAUACUGGAGAUGACCUCAACGCUCUCAGUGCGUGGUCUUUACUUGGCCCAGACGACCUCUUCAAGACUAGCAGCUCUGACGGUGAACAUGCGAAUGACGGAGAUCAGAAUGGCACGCCAAAAGAGAACGGUGUCUCUGAGGCGAAGCCAGACGAGCCCACAAUUAAUGGGGUUCCCGAAGAGGGAGAAACACCCAAGCCUCCCACCACUGAAAAGGCCGAGGACGACGACACCGCCACCACCGAGAUUCGCGAAGGUCCGCUUCGUAACACUUGCGACGGGCUCUGCGACCAUACAUGGAAUUAUGCCGAUGACCUACACGCCUGCCGGUAUUGCCCAGACACGCAGUUCACGACCGACUGCCUAGAGAAGCUCAAGGCAAACAAGCUCGAACACUACAUCUGCCACCCGGACCACAGCUGGCUGCACGUGCCACCCUGGAACGAUGAAGAAGCGCUCCAAGUCGGCCCAGGGAAAGUCCGAGUACGGGGCGAGCUUGUGGACGGGGUGAGAGUGGGUGGUGAGGUUGUAGAUAUCCAGCAGUGGCUCGACGAGAUCCGCGAGAUAUGGAAGCUGCCAAAAAAGGAGGACGUCCCCAUCAUUGCCGAGCCGGCCUUGAUGCCGAAUGGGUCGAGCAAGUGA